AUGGGCAGGGAACAGGAGCUUGUACGCAUUCGAGCCGAGAAGUGUUGGUUUCACGAAAGGGGUCAGGUUCCAUGUCUACGUGAUUUUUCCUGUGUUAUUACUUUCAAUAAUAUAAUGUAAAUUUCGAUUUUAAUGUCACACAUCCCAGUGUCUUAAGAUUAUUUAUAUGGAGAUCGUGGAGCGCUAGAAGAUGCUGGGAGACGAUCCACCGUACCUAUCAGUGGGUACGGAGGUUAGUGCUAAAUACAAGGGUGCCUUCUGUGAAGCAAAAAUUCGAAAAGUAGUAAGAUCAGUAAAAUGCAGAGUGACUUAUAAACAAGGUUUGGGUACAGCAACAGUAGCUGAUGAUCAGAUAAAAGGAACUUUAAGAGUAGGUGCAGCUGUUGAAGCUAAACAUGGAGAUAGAAAAGAAUAUGUGGAAGCUACUAUUACUAAAAUUCAAGACUGCAGUCAAUAUACUGUAGUUUUUGAUGAUGGAGAUAUUACAACAUUAAGAAGAACUGCACUUUGUCUAAAAAGUGGACGACAUUUUGCAGAAAGCGAAACUUUGGACCAACUUCCUUUGACACAUCCAGAGCAUUUUGGCAAUCCAGUAAUUGGAGGUAGAAGAGGACGGCGCUCUAGACAAGCACAAGAUGAAAGUAGUGAUGAUGAAGAUAGCCCUCCACGAGGAACUCGUGAUUCAGGUUCUAGUGGAACUGGAAAAGAAGGAAUGGAAACAGAACCUGAAAUUGGACGAGUUGUAUGUGUGGAACUUGGGGACAAAAAAAAGAAAGAUAAUUGGUUUCCUGGAUUGGUAGUUGCACCUACUGCUCAAGAUACAGUGAGAAUUAGAGUAAGAGAUGACUAUCUUGUGCGCUCAUUUAAGGAUGCACGAUAUUAUACAGUUCCGAAGAAAGAAGCCACUGAAUUUACAAAAGAACUUGUCAACAAAGUUGAAAAUAGCACAUUGAAGGUUGCAGUAGAAAAGGCAUUGCUAUUUUUAGAAAAGAAUGAAUUACCUCCUCAUUGGGAUAGAGAUUCUCUUUUUGGGCAUUCUGUAUCAAGUGGAAACAGUGAUUCAGAUGGAGAACUUGAUUCUGAUAGUUCUGAUGAUGAACCACGUGAAGAAAAAGAUCAUUUUGUAGCACAAUUAUAUAAAUUUAUGGAUGAUCGAGGAACACCUAUUAACAAUUGCCCAAUGAUUGGUUCUGAAGAUAUAGAUUUAUAUAGAUUAUUUCGUGCCGUUUAUAAAUUAGGAGGUUACAAUCGUGUAACAAAUCAAAAUCAAUGGAAAUUGAUAACACGUCGCCUGAGUUUUACAAUGCAAAAUUCACCAUCUACGCACAAUUUGGUUAAACAGGCCUAUAAAAAAUUCUUACACUCUUUUGAAGAUUUUUAUAGAAAAUUAGGUUGUACUAUGGUAAAUCAUCCAAGAGGUACUAUGCGUAAACAACGUCCUGGAAGAAGUUUGAUUAGAGAUAAGGACAGAAAUACACCUGUACCUCCUCAAGUAUCAGUUGCUAAAAAUGAAAAAGAAGAAGAAGAUAAAAAAAUUAUGGAAGAGGAAAAAAAGGAAAAGAAAGAAGCUAAGAAAGAAUCGAUAAAGGAAGAAGAAAUUGUUAAAAUAAAAAAGAAGGAUGAAUUUGAGGAAAGUGGUAGUGGACAAGAAAGUGAUGUAAAUAUUGAGGGUGAAGCUGAAUCGUCCUCCAGUGAAAAAUCUCAAAAAAUUUCAACAUCAUUAUCAUUACCAAAUAGAGGUAAAUCUAAAAAUAAAGAAGACUCAAAGAAAAAAGUAAUAGAAAAAAAGAAAAAUGAAUUUAAAAGACAAGAAAAAAAAGAUGAUAAAAUAAAAGAAGAAGAUGCUACUAAAACAAGAUCAAAAUCUAAGGACGAUAAUAUAAAAGGUAAAACGCCUUCUGAAAAUAGAGAAACACGAACUCCAUCAAGAGAAUCAGAAAGAAAAACUUUAUCUAAACAAAGACGAUUAAUAGAUGAAGAUUUAAAAAGACGAGGAAGAAAACGAAAAGAAUAUGAAGUAGAAAAAUCACGUACAGAUGAACAGUUAACGGAUUCAGCUCCUUGUUACAAAGGGCCUGUAGAAUUAGGAGAUAGAUUGAAAGUUUAUUAUGGACCUACUCAUGAAUCUAAAGUUACUUAUGAAGCAAAGAUUAUUGACAUGGAGAAAGAUGGUACAGAACCAAUGUAUUUAGUACAUUAUACUGGAUGGAAUACAAGAUAUGAUGAAUGGAUUAAACCAUCAAGAAUAGCACAGAAUUUUACACAAGCUCAAGGAAGAGUAAAACGAAUUAAAGCUACUUCAAGACCUCAAACUCCUAGUACGAAUUUAUCAAAUAAUAUAAAUAAAUCAUCAAAAAUGAUUUCUAAUGCUAAUUCAAAUACAUCUCAAAAUCGACGUCGAGCACAAAGUGUUGCACCUACAUCAAUUAUUUCAUCUUCAACAAAAGAAGUCAAAAGAGAAGAUAAAGAUAAAGAAAUAUCUCAACCAGUUAGAUCUACAACUCCAUUGUCUGUUAUAAGUUCUAGCUCUAGAACUAAAAGUCCAGCAACACCAGCGAAUAAUCGUCAGACACGAACAAGAAAUAAUGAUAUAUCCAAUAUAGAACAUCGAAGACGAACUAGAAGAACUUCUGGACAUGCAGAUAUAGUUCCAUCGGAAACUGAAGAAAGUGAAACAUAUGAUUCAGAUACUACAGAAUCUGAACAAAUAAGAACUAAAUCUAAGACUACGGAGGAAAGAAAACGUAGAGAAGCAAGAUAUAGAGUAGAAGAUAGAAUAAAACCUGAGGAAACUAGCGAGGGUGAAGAAGAUAAAGAUAAUUUGGAAGAACCGCGUAGAGGUAGACGUUUAAGAAGAACAAUUAGUAAAUCGCAAGGUAUAAAAUCUGAACCAGAUAGUGACGAAGAACAACCAAAAGGUCGAGAUUUUGAUUUAAAUCAAAUACGAUCUGAAUUAAAAGGUUUUGAUAAAGCAGUGAAAUUAGAACUUGUUAGAGUUGAACCAGAUCCAGAAGAUGAAAUAAAAAUAGAAGAAAAAGAGAAUGUUGUUUUAGUUUCACCAAAAUCGGAAAAAAAUUUAGAAUCAUCAAAAUUAGAAACAAUGUCUGAAUCUAAAAUAAUAGAUAAUACAGAAGAUAUAUAUGAAUUUAAAGAACCAGAACCAUUUGAAUUUGAAGUACGAAAUAAACGAGAUACGAGUGGAGAAAAAGAUAAAAUAAAAAAGAGAGUAUUUGAGGAUGAGCCAAAAAGUCCUAAGAAAAAACAAAAAAUAGUAUCACCAGUUAUAAAAGAAGCUAAAUCAGAAAUAGAUAUUGAUUCACGAAAAAAAGUGAAAAAAUUGUUUAGUAAAAGAGUUGAUGAUAUUACAGAUUUAACUUCUCAUAAAUUACAAUCCACAUCAUUAACAACAUGUGAAGAAGCAUUUGAUAAACUUUGUGAGUCACCACCAUUUAAUCAAGUAAAAUCUAUACCUAUCAUUGAGGAAACAAAUAAAAUAAGUAAUGGUAUAGAUCUUUUAUUUAGUGAUUUACCUGGAGAUGAUGAUGCUACCCAUGAUGAUUCAGAAGAUCGUUUAAUAAUAUCAGAAGCAGAAGUUUCAGAAGCAGAACAAGAAAACUUAUUUACAUAUCAACAAGAAAUGUUCUCUUCUAAUGAUGCAAAUGAUUCAAUAGAAUUAAAUAAAGAAGAUUCAAAUUUACAAAUUGAAUCAAUAAGAGAAGAUACAACAUUAGCAAUUUCAAAUAAAUCUGAUAUUCUUGUUGAACCAAAGGAAAUGAUUAAAUCUCCAUUACAUACACAAUCUCCAGAAUUAAAAUCAUUGGAAUCAAAAUUAUUAGAUAUAACACCUGUUUCAUCUCCAAUUGUAACAAUUCCAGCACCAAUUAGUGCAAGAUUACCAGCUACAUCUACAAUAGAAGAAAAACUUUCAGCUGCAAUGGCUUUUCGUAAUAAAACUAAAGAUAUCAAAAAAGAAGAAGAAAUUACCGAAGUUGUAUGGAAAUCUUCAAAAGAAAUUUGUAAAAAGUUAGAUAUUGCAAUUAUACAAAAAAAUAAAGAAGAUCAACAUGGAUCUAAAAUUGAAAGUGAAAAUAAAAAACAAGAAGAUGAAGAUAUUAUAAUUAAUAAUGAAAAUCAAUGUAAAGAAAUAAUGUGUGUGGUAAUUAAACAAGAAGAGGAGGAACUUCAACAAUUUAAACUAAAAAAAGAAAUAGAAAUAAAAAAAUUUGUUGAAACUAAAAUAGAACAUAAAAAAAUACAAGAAGAAGAAGAAUGGAAAUGUAUAGAAAAUGAUAAAUCUAAAAAAAUAGAAGAUGAAUUUAAAGAGCAUGAUUUUAACAAAGAAAAAGAAAAAGAAAAGCAUAAAAAAAUAAUUAGUCAAGAUGUGGUAGAUUCUGCAGAUAGUAGUGAUUCUGAACAGAGACUAAUAAUUGAUAAUGAGGAAUCACAAGAUGUAAAAACUUCAUCAAAUUUUGAUAUUAAAUUAAGAGCAGAAUUAGAUAGACUUCAAGAUACACAAGAAAGAUAUUCACAAUUACAAACACAAAAACCUAUGCAAUCAUUGAAACACCAACAACAAGAAUGUGAAUUUAAAAGUGAAAUUAAAGAAAUAUCUAUUACAAAAACAGAUGAAGAAGGAGAGACAAUUAAUUCUUUGCUUUGUGAAGAAGAAAUACCAGGUUCACCAGCACCUAUUACUGAAAAUAUAGAACAAAUAAAUGCUGGUCCAUCUUGUUCACCUCCAAAAGUUGAAACUACAGAAAGUAAUAUAGUACUAAUGGAAAUGCCAUUUGCAAGUGCACCUACAUCUGGUCAAAGUACAACCAGCAGUACUGUUGCUACUCUUAGUAUGGCAUUGCCAAAAACUGUAGAAACAUCUGUUCCAGUUUCUUUAUCUAUACAACAAAAUCCUACUCUUGGUGUGAGGCAACAAUCUCAUCAUCAACAUUUACCUGCACUAAUGUCUGCACAGAGAAGAGAAAGCAAUGAAGCAGCACCUGUAAUGGAUAAUACUCCUCCAACUACACCUGAUUCAAGUAUUUCCAAUAUUUCUGGAUCUCCAAGAGAAGAAAGAAUAGGUGGUUCAUCACCAACUUCGGAGGAUAAUAUGAAACAUAAUCGUGAUAGUUCUGAAGCAGAUAAUGAUAGCGGUGGUAAAGGUCCAGGAUUUAGUGAAGAUGAUACAUUGCCAAAUGUUGAAGGAAAUUCUGCAGAUAGGAUAUUAAAACCACCAGCAAAACGUUCUAUUGAAGAAACACAAUCUCCUAAAAAACGUAAAAGAAAUAGAAAACAUUCAGAAUGUGAUAAAAACACUACUAAAAAAACAGGAAGACAUAGUAAUAGACAUGGUAGACAUGGUGGUGGAAGUGAUAGCGAUGAUACGAGUGAAGGUUCUAAUUUAUGCGGAGUUAAUUCAACUUCAACAAAUCAUACGAAUAUAAGUAGUGUUCCCGAUCUAAGUAAUUAUUCAUCGAGAUCACCUCGACCUACAAAAUAUAAUUUUUAUGUGGAAUUAGAUCCUGAAUUGGAUGGUAGUCAAAGGAUAGCUGUAUUGCAGCAAAAAUUAGCUGAAUUACGUAAAACAUAUAAUGCUGUGAAAGUUGAACUUGCCGCUAUUGAAAGACGCAGAAAAAAGUUAAGAAGGAGAGAACGAGAAGCCAUAAAGGCAGCUAAAGCAGAAAUGCAACAGGCUUGUUCGUGAUGAGCUGCCUUCAAAUAUCCUAAUUUAUUUAAUCUGCGUUAAAGAAACUUUUAUACAACAUAUAAAUAAUAGAAUAGAAUCACUAUAUGGACAUCCUGCAAUUACAGCAGAUUUCAUGACAAUUUUUAUCUACCUAAUAUUAUUUAGGUAAUUUUUUCUCUAUUAAUAUAAAUUGUAGAUAUAGAUAUAAGAUUUAGUAAAGAAAGAACACUUACCAGAAUGAAAAAAUAUAUUCAUAUGUGCUUUGUGUUGUACAUUGUUUUGUCAAGAUCAUAAUGUGACAGUUAAAAAUUUUUAUCCUUUAAUUUGUCAUUUCACCUGCUCAGAUGCAAAGUACAAAUUAUCGAACUUGAUGAUCAUUUCAUCGUUCAUUCUUGUUUUCUAAGAAAAGGCUGAGAAAAAUGUUACCGAUAGUGUGUUAUUGUAAAGACAUCUUGGGAACAAAUAAUUGUCAUAAGCCGUCUGUCAUUUUUGUUUCGAAUAUAGUUUUUAGCACCAUUGGCAGUUGAGCUGUUUUCAAGACGAUAAAAAGAUGUCAACAACCAUCGCAUUCUAGGAUAGAAAAUUUUGUAUAUAUUAGAAUAUAGUAAUGUUAUAGUGAUUCACAAUAUAUAUAUAAUUAGAAUUUUAGCACUCUUAUGAUCGAAAUUUUUUAUUUAAAGAAUAAAAUGUUGCAAUUUAAUAUAAUUUUUAAAGUAAAAAAAAAUGAUCAUAUUCAAAGCAAUGUACGUAAACAAUUUAUGAAUGGAUGAUUGUACAUUGAUAUGCAUGUGAAAUAUAGCACAAUUUUAAUUUCUAAAAGAAAUUACUUUAAUUUAUGUAAAUAAUUUACACAAAUAAAAUAUCAUAUUAUAGUUAUUCUCAAAUAUAAAAUAUUAAGAUUUAUUGUAAUUAAUAUUCGUAUUUCAAAUUAAAUUUCUUGACAAAAGGCAUAAAAUUGGAUUUUUAUGCAAUUGUCAUGAAUGCAGCUCAACAACAUUUAUCAAUUUACAGCCUUUUUGCAUUAUAUUCGAAAAAUUGCUGCCAUUGUGCUUUAAUCAUUAAAUAGGUAUUAGACGUUCAUCGUCAUAUAUAUCGUAAUUGGUCAAAGAUGCAUUUAUAUUUCUAUUUGAGCGUUAAAGUACCUCAGGUACUAAAUUAAAAGAAAAUGAAAAAUUAAAGUUAAGAAACAAGUUGCAGAAAACAAAAUCAAAUAAUUCCCCUGAGUGGAAUUAAAUUUGUACGAAGACAUGUUGGCUGAGAAAAGAAAAAAUGAAAUUUUAUAUAGAUAUAUAUAUAUUAUAUAUUUUUUAUAAAAAAAUCAGUCGCGGACAUGCUUUAUGAUAUCAGACAACAUGAUCAUACAUUGGGGGAAAAAUGAAAGAAAAUUAGGAGUUGGGCUCCAUAAAUCUUUGUACAUAUUUUACAUGGUGUGUGUUAAAGACACUCAUAAGUCAGGUUUUAGUAGUUUAUCGCACACAGGUAUAGCUACGUAUAUUAUUGUAUAAUGGUUUCAGAAAUCUUGCAGUAGCACAUGCUAAAUAUUUGUUUUAAGAAGUCAAGAUGAUGUGUAUCGACACUCAAUCAAAUAAUAAACAGAAUGUAUUUUAACUUCGCGUUAAAAAGAAAAAAAACAGAGAAUGUCUUAUUUAUAUUUCACUGUUUAUUAUUAGAUGAUCUCAUCAGAAAUAUAUAAAAAAUUUUAUU